AUGGAACGGUGGAAGCGACACAAUUUCGAUGUCUCCCCGAGUGACACCACGUUCGCCGAUGCGUUGAACGAAGCGGUCGCGGUCGCAGUUCGAUGGCCCAGAGAAAUCAAGUGCCUUGCUCCGAAGAUGAGUCCCUGCCCACUUGCCGCACCUGUUGUCUUUAAAUCAGGUUUAGCUCUGCUGGUAUCGCCAGAUCAGCCCUCAUUGCUUGGCGCAGGAUAUGCUUUGAGUCCCAGCAGUGUUCGCUUAAAGUUGUCGCACGUGCCAUCCGAUCAAACGCUGCGGCUGCAGUUCGAAGUGGCGACCCAGGAGGUCACCAAAGUGAACUUUCAAAGAUCUCAGGUCGUGCAGAUUCUGGCACUCCGUAGCGCCGUGGCUGAAGAGGUGGCCCGACUUUAUCGCUUGAUGGUGCCGCUGGAGCAGGAGAAUGAAAUUCUUCAGGAUGUGGCUGGUGCAUCAGAAGAGUACGCCAAGCUCUUUGAAGAAGUGGUCGUGAAAUCGCCAACACCUCAGCCGCCAGAUGGUGACUUAAAGGAAGACAGUGAGAAGCUGCAGCAGUUGGAGGACACCUUGUCAGUCCGAUUGUUGGCCCGGCAACGGCUCCUCGUGUACAACAAGGUGGAUCAGCUCAGACAACUUGCGAGGCGACGACAACCCGAGGUGGAGAACGCUGGCCGUGUUUCUGUCGUGCCCGCAAUUUCAGACAAAGAGCUACAAGACAUGCUGCGGGAGCAGGAUUCAAAGGCUGAGGCUGGAAGCUCGGAAAGAACCUCGUUUCAACACAUAGCCUUGGCUGGGGAACUUCCUAUGGCUCCAGCAUUGGCAGCUUUCGGUCAUGUCUGGAGUUGCCGGGUGGCAACUUCCAUGGAUCCUUCUGCCGGUGGUGGCGGUGCGGCCAGUGCAUUGGGGCAUCCGGGCGUCGUCACUGGAAAGGAAGAAACCUCCACUGCUGAUCAAGCUGAUGACCCAGCUGAUCCUGACCUUCAAGAAGCCUUGGAUGCAGAACGUCAGGCUGAAGCUUUGAUGUCAGAGGCCCGACGAACUUGGUCUCAGGCUCAACAGGUAGGCCUCAUUCUUGACUUUUGUGAUGGACAUGCGGUACAUGCCAAAGAUCCAGAUCCCACUCCAUACUACAUGCUCAAGAAUGUAAAGGGUCACUUCAUGGUGAACAUUGCGGAGUACAUCUGUGGUUCCACCGGCUCCGAGGCGUCCACUGGUCAUCAAGAGCACUUCACUUUGGAGGGAUGGCAUCACACAGAUCCCCGUGGCGAUCCCAAUUCAUGGCCUUGUUAUGGAGAACACGGGAUGUUUCAAGAAGGGUCGAACGCCUAUGCAAAGUGGGCAGAUUGCAAAGCCUGCGGACUGAGGCUGUCUUAUGUCCCGAGAGAGGGCUACUCCGGCAGCACCAGCAAAGUGGAGGAUCCGAAGGUGAUCACCAUGGCCUUGAACCUUCUCAAGCAGGAUGUCAAAGCACAGCAUUGCACAGCGCCGAUGGUGAAGCUGGCAAUGGAGAUCUACAAAGACCAAUCCAAGCUGGAAGCCAUGGAGAAGCAAUUCCACAUGCUGCAGCAGCAGGUGACCCAGAACAUGGCCAAGUACAAGAUCAUGACCAAGCAAGCUUGGGAAAGCCCUGCAACGAGCUCUACUACAAGUCUCAAUGCGGAGGAGAUCUUGAAGCAAAUGUCCUCGGAGGAGAUCCAACGCCUCCAGGAAUUGGCUGCCCAGAGGAAAGCCGAAGCAGAGAGGGAGGAGGAGGAACCGGAUAUGGAGUUGGUUCAAUCACGGAGCCAACCAGAGACAAGUUAG